GUAAAAUGUUAGUGUCAAACAGUAAUCUGUGUCUGUUCACGCCAAGGACCUCACAGCCCUCAAACCGUCUCGUGAUGCCCGCUGGAGCUCCGGAGCAUGCGAGUUAUUAAAAUCUACAGACAGUCACUCGAAAAACAUCUCAACUUUCUUAGAACAGGUUCCCGAACUUCUGCAUGGCGCAGCAGCCCGUUCACCAGUACUCUGUUUGGUUGACAGCUGAGUCCAGGCCUCCUCUCUGUGACAGAUCUCUGCUCUGAUAGUGGUUUAUCAGCGACUCCAGUAGGAAUGUCCUACUGGUCUGUUGGCCUUCCCCAGGACUCUGGAGACUCUCCCAGCAACAUGGAGCAACAAAGCAGCCCUGGGGAGGAAAUGGGAGCCAAGGCAUCGUUGGUGGAUGUUAUGGCGCCCAACUCUGCUCUUGCUCCUUCUCUCACUCUGGAGAACAUCCAUGCGGCAUAUGAAGAUGGAGAGGGGGAGGCUGCCAGGGAGCUGAUCCGACAAGCCUGCUGCGUGGAGUGCAGCGCAGGGAUGUCCAGGAUAGAUGGGGUACAUCUCCUGUCUGUGGCUGCUCAACAUGGGGAUCUGGACAGCGUGUGUUACCUCCUAAAAGAAGCCCGUAUCACUGUGCCCCAGGAGCCAUCCAACAGCAACCCAGCCAUCCUGGCAGCAUACUACGGCCACACCAGCCUGGUCAAAGAGCUGCUGGACUCUGUACCUGGCCCAUGUCUGAGGAGAGACUUGCUGAACUGGAUGCUGGCCACAUCUUGCCAGCAGGGUCACCUGGAUGUGGUCCAGCUGCUUGUCCACUGCUAUGAUGCCGAUGCCAGGGACUGUGCCAUCCACAGCGAUGAGUUUGCUGUCGUCACUGGGCUUCCACUGUAUGCUGCUGCACAAGCAGGUAAUGAGGAGAUAGCUUGCUUCCUGCUGCAGAAUGGAGCAGGAUUCUCCUCAUACACCCUGAUGGACCAUCCAGUCUUCAGCAAACACCUGCUCAGACUCAAACUACAGGAAACUUCCAACAAAGAGGUAAAGGAGGCUGUCAGUGUGUGUUGGAGUGGCCUGCAGCUGCCCUGGUUAGAGCUGGAUUGGUUCAUGGAUAUCUCCUCACGUAUCACCCACCUGGACCUAUCAUCCAACAGCCUGGCUGCUCUGCCCUCUGUGGUGCCCUGGGGUCUCAUCCACCUGCAAACUCUGGAUCUUUCUAACAACCUGCUGAAAGAGCUGCCUUCUGCUCUCAGCUCCCAGGAGGUCAUCUGUUCCAGUUUACAGCAGGUGAAUCUCUCUCAGAACCAGCUCACCAGUUUGCCACCUGGACUUCUCCAUCUGACCCGCAUCCAGAGACUUUUUGCUUCCAAGAACAAGCUUAAAGACCUUUUUGACAUCCCUGCUGCUACUAACUGGAUCGGUCUUCGUAAGCUGGAGGAGCUGGAUGUCUCUGAUAACUGUCUGACCAGUCUGCCUGUCUCCUUCAUGCAUUGUUUGAAAUCCCUGACCUUCCUCAAUGUGUGCAGGAACAACCUGACAACCUUCCCUGAUCCCUGGGCCUGUCCACUGAAACAAUGCAAAGCUUCUUCAAAUGUGAUUGAGGGUCUUCCAAACACGAUCUCCAUCUUCUGGAAGACUAAGCUGCAGGAGGUGGACUUCUCAGACAAUAGCCUGAUGGAGCUGCCCUCAUACAUCUUUGAACUGGAGGCUCUGGUCUCAUUGAGACUGUGUGGGAAUCAGAUUGUGACACUCCCAGCCCCCAGUAAGUGGAAGUGCUCUCAGCUGAGGACCCUUGACCUUUCCAGGAACCAGCUGGGCAAAACAGAGGAGGGGCCCAAAUCCAGGAAGCUGGCCUUCCUGACUACAUGGAACAGGAGGGACCCAGACCCAGUGUGUCCCAUAGAGUUCCCCAUGAUUCUGCGGGAUUCACUGGAAGUGCUUUACCUCAAUGACAACCAGCUGGAGUGUGUUCCUCAGUCAGUGUGUGGUCUACACAGCCUCACUGAGCUCUACCUCUCCAAUAAUCCUGGAAUCCGGGAGCUUCCAGCAGAGCUCGGUCAGCUUUCCAACCUGUGGCAGCUGGACACUGAAGACCUCAACAUUACCAAUGUCCCCCAGGAAGUAAGAAAAGAAGGUCCUGUGUCCGUCCUGGCCUUCCUCCGGGCACACCUUCGAAAGGCAGAGCCUUGUAAACUGCUGAAGAUGCUUGUGAUUGGUCCACCGAGGCAGGGGAAGACGGCCCUCCUGGAGGCUCUGCAGACCGGCAGGGCGUCUGCCUUCACCCCAGCAGAAAGCAGCAUCUCCACCUCCACCUGGGAGCUGGACAAACCCAACUGUGGCAAAAACAGCAAGGACUCAGUGGCCUUCAACGUGUGGGACAUCGGAGGUCAAGCCAGCAUGUCCACAGUGAACCAGUGUUUCUUCACUGAUAAGGCCCUGUAUGUGGUGAUCUGGAACCUGGCUCUGGGAGAGGAGGCCGUGUCCAGCCUGCAGACAUGGCUGCUCAACAUCGAGGCACGAGCACCCAACUCUGCAGUGGUGGUUGUGGGAACACAUCUGGAUCUCAUCGACACCAAGUUUCGCACUGAGAGACUGGCCACGCUGAGAGCUUAUAUUCUGGCUCUGUGCAGAUCCCCAUCAGGGGCACGAGCCACCGGCUAUCCUGACAUCACCUGCAAGCACCUGCAUGAAGUGUCCUGUAAGACACUGGAGGGUUUGGAGGGGCUGAAGAAGCUGGUCUACCAGGUGGCUCUCUCCAUGAAAGACAACAGCAGCUCAGCCUGUGGCAGUAAAUUGCUGGGCAGACUGAUCCCCAGGAGUUACCUGACACUUCAGGAAGCAGUGAUCACAGAGAAGCUGAGGCGAGCUUCUGAAGGAGAGGUCCAGUAUCUAACUGAUGUGCAGCUGGACCGCAUCAUUGAACAGAACCCAGGAAGUGACAUCAGAGACUAUGAGGACCUACAGACUGCCAUCAGCUUCCUAAUAGAGACGGGGACCCUGCUGCACUUCCCUGACACCAGCCAUGGCCUGUGUACCCUUUAUUUCCUGUGUCCUGUGUGGCUGUCUGAAUGCCUGGAGAGGAUCAUACACCUCAAGUCCUCUCGCUCUGUAGCCAGGAAUGGAGUGAUUCGAGCUGAAGACCUUAGGAUGCUGUUGGUAGGAACAGGGUUCACCAUGCAGACAGAGGAACAGUAUUUCCAGUUUCUAGCCAAGUUUGAGAUUGCUCUGCCUGUGGCCAACAACAGCUAUCUGCUGCCCCACCUCCUUCCCCCCAAGCCAGCCAUGGACAUCCACGGCUUCCGCCAGCAGAUCAACAACACCCUACAGCGCCUUUUCAAGAUGAGCUUUGUUCCUGCUGGAUUUUGGGAGCGCUUCAUCGCCAGGAUGCUCAUCAGCCUCACAGAGAUGGACUUACAGUCGUUUGAGCCCAAAAGAAACACCAGGGGCCAGCGCAGCAGGAAUUCUGUCAUCUACAGCUUUGCCGGAACCCAGCAGAGGAACCGCUGUAGCACCUUCAGAGUUCGACGCAGCCAGACCAUCUACUGGAAGGAGGGGCUGCUGGUCACUUUCGAUGGAGGUUAUCUCAGCGUGGAGUCAUCAGACGUCAACUGGAAGAGGAAGAAGAGUGGAGGCAUAAAAAUCAUCUGCCAGUCAGAGAUGAGAGAUUUCUCAGCCAUGGCCUUCAUCACAGACCACGUCAACUCUCUGAUCGAGCAGUGGUUCCCUGCUUUGACAGCCAGCGAAAGUGAUGGGAGUCUCCUCAUAGAGCAGUAUGCCCCCUGUCCUCUCUGCUCCUCACUGGGCCAACAGAAGCAAGCCGAACUCCUAGCCAGCCGCCGCAGAAAUCGCAGAGAAGAUAGUGGAGGAGGAGGAGAAACAGGGGUUCAUUACUUUAACAUGGAGGACUGUGUGCUGGCUGCAGUGGAGAAGGAGCACAUCAUUUGUCCUCAGCAUCCUGACCAGCCAGUCCCCCUCCAGGAGCUGGUCCCAGAACUCUUCAUGACUGACUUCCCUGCACGGCUCUUUUUGGAGAAGGCCCAGCUGGAGUACUCUGAGGAGGAGAAUAACAUCCUUGGUCAGGGUGGCAGUGGGACUGUCAUCUACCGAGCCCGAUACUAUGACCAGCCAGUGGCCAUCAAACGCUUCUACUUCAAGAAGUGUCGACAGCAGACCAUCAGCAGUGACACAGACACCAUGGUGAAACACCUGCGGUCUGCAGAUGCCUGUCGGAGCUUCUCUGAAUUUCGCCAGGAGGCGAGCAUGUUGCACUCUCUUCAGCAUCCCUGCAUCGUCUCCUUGGUGGGAAUCAGCAUCCAUCCACUUUGCUUUGCCCUGCAGUUAGCCCCUCUCGGCAGCCUCAACACUGUGCUGGAGGAGAAGCACAAAGGCAAAGGCUCCAAGUACAUGCCCCUUGGUCACAUGCUGACCUUCAGAGUAGCGUAUCAGAUUGCAGCGGGACUGGCAUACCUUCACAGGAAGAGCAUCAUCUUCUGUGACCUUAAAUCUGACAACAUCCUGGUGUGGUCUCUACAGGUGCAGGAUCCAGUCAACAUUAAACUGUCUGACUAUGGGAUUUCUCGACAAUCCUUCCAUGAAGGUGCACUUGGAGUCGAGGGCACACCGGGUUACCAGGCUCCUGAGGUCAGACCAGGCAUCGUGUAUGAUGAGAAGGUGGACAUGUUCUCCUAUGGCAUGGUGCUGUAUGAGCUGCUAACAGGUCGAAGGCCAGCGUUGGGACAGCACCAGCUUCAGAUAGCGAAGAAGCUCGCCAAAGGCAUACGGCCCGUGCUGGGCAGCCCAGAGGAGGUUCAGUUCCACUGCCUCCACGCCAUGCUGACUGAAUGCUGGGACACCAAGCCUGAGAAGAGGCCGGUGGCCAUGCAGUGUGUGAGGCAGAUGCAGGAGCCCAGCUUCCCCUGCCUCAGGUAUGUGUUGUCCUGUGACAGCCAUUCGCAGCUCUUCCUGUCCCAACUGCAGGGAUACAGUGCUGUGUUCUGGAAUGGAGACAAGGAAGACAGGAACUACAGUGUGGUGAAUGUGGACAAGGGCCAGGUGGAGGUGAAGAGGAUGUCGUGUCCAGGCAGCAGGAUCAGCUGUCAGAUGAAGAUGUGUAACACUCUGUGGAUGGCCACUGAGGAGCAGGAGGUGUUCAUCUACAGUCUCAAAGACAUGUGUCCACUCAGUCAGCCCCAGAAACAGUUCUCCUGUCCAGCCAUCAUCACCUGCCUCUUCCCUGUUCCAGCAAUAGAACAGAAUCGGGCCAAAGUGUUUGCGGGGAUGUCUGACGGCUUGGUGGCAGUGUACAGCUUGGUGGACGACCUUCCUCAGUAUGGAGAAACCUACCUGUGUUCACACACCCUUAACAAAACGGUGUUCGGUCUUAAGGACUCAGAUCCCAGACAGAGACCCUACCCAGUCAGGAGCAUGGCUCUGGUCAGCAGUGGUUCCCAGUUAUGGUUCUCCAAUGGUCCGGGUGUGCUGGUCAUCGACUGUCAGAGUCUUCAGGCAGUUCGAAGGCUUGAGCCCUACAGUCCACCGUCUUCCAUCAUAUCCAUGGCAACCAGCUUCAGUCUGUGGGGAGAGGAGGCUGUCUGGACCCUGGAUGACCACAUCAACACCCUGCUGCUCUACCACGCUGCCUCCUAUGAACUCUGUGCCAAGUACUGCUGCAGAGACAUCAAUCCUCUACGAGACAUCUUCACUGUGCAGCGUCCCACGGGGGUUUCCACAGUGACAGCCAAUGACCUCAAGACCACGGAAAAGGAGGAGAAGCUGGAAUGGACUAAUGGAGAAGUGACGCUGAUCUAUAGCGAGGAUGCGGGCACUCAGAUCAUCCAGCACCAGGAUUCGCUGACAGACUACUGCUCCAUAUCAUCCAACUGCUCCCUGGAGCCGCUGGGCUCAGACUGUUCCAGCACCGCCGACCUUGGCUCGUUUUCCACCCACACCAGUGUUCCACCGCCAGCAGACCGGCAUGGGACGGGUAACGAGCAGGACCAGGAGGCAUCUGCCAAUCCUGAUCUGGACUCUGCAGAGACUGUCAACCCCACAAUGCCUCAUCUGCAAGCCUUCACUGUGCUGCCAGUGAAUGGAACUCUGUGGAUCCCCAGGCGCGGAGGUGAUGUCAUGGUCAUCGAGAUGCAGUCACACGGCGAUCAGCUGAUGGGGCGUGUCAUCGCCGUCCUCAGUCCACCUGGAUGUUCCUCUUUGGGGAUCUUGGAGGAGGCAGCACUAGUGGCAAAGGACACAGUUGUAUGUGGCUUUCAUAAGGAAAACAUGGAGUGGUGCCUGUGUGUCUGGAGGGGCUGGGGCUGCCACGAGCUGGAAGUCUUCUACCAGUCCUACGAGGAACUGGGCCGCUUGGAGACCAGCAUGAGGAAAAGAAGGUAGCUGUUGUGCUGCGACAGCGAGGCGCAGAAUCGCAGCUCUGUAUGGAGGGAGAGCCGAGGGGAAUACACACCGACAGACUGCCAGUGUUCGGAGCAGGGGGCGGCCGAAUGCUGACAUCAGGGCAACGUAGGAGGGAGGGGCGGGGGGGGGGGGGGAGGUCUGCCAUAAGGGCCGAGCCUCAAGCUGUGCACAGUGGCUAUAUCCCCUCACUACAUACCUUAGCAGCAGUAAUACAUUCAGACCUGAAGAAUCAGUAAUCUCACUGCAGACAUGAAAAGCCAUGAAGCUGAGUCACAGAUCAACGUUGCCAGAACAAAACGUAGAAGUGAAGUGAGUGACUUUACUUCUGCUCAGAGGUUUUAAUGUUGCAUUUUCAUAUUUAGAGCAGUCCAUCAGCCACUUUGGUAUGACUGGGCCGCAGUUCAAGACGUGGUGGACUGUUUGAGUCUGAGUCCAGCUGCUGCAGUCUAUUGUUUAUUCUUUGUCAGUCUAUUUCAGACUUCCUUCAUUUAGCUAUUCCGGUCCGCGACUUCGCUCCGGCUGGAGGUGACACUGGAUGGGGACAUUCUCUGCUUUUAAAUGAGACUGGUGUUGGAAUUAUGCUGCUGGUAAACAGCUGUGUUUGUUCUAGAAACAGAGAGCAGGUUGUAGAUGUGUGGAUGGCAGUGACACUGACACUCUCACACACUCAGAACACAGUGUUCCUCUCUUUUCCAGUAUAUUUCAGCUCUAAACUGUGCCAUAUGAAUCUGCAUGCCAGCUGCAGCUCCCACUGUUACCAGAGUGGCCUGUAAGCAACAAACUAACAUCUGUGUUCUGUGCAACAUUAUGCAACGGAGCAGUUGUUCCCAGCUUUUGGCAAGUUCCUACAGAUAAAACAGCUCUUUUUAAACAAAGCUCGGUUUUGGCCUCAGACUCCAUUAUGUUCUCUGUUUGCCUCUGUUCCUCUGUCAUUGUUGUCACUAGAAAACCUGAUUGAGAUGAAACAUGUUUUGGGGGGUUUAGCUCUUUAUUAGGUAGUGGUUUUCAUUGUUAGUGGUCUGCCUUUGCCUCACAGGGUUCACAUUACCCUCACAAUGCACAAGGGAUUCACAGGAAAUGAUGCAGCACGUUCUGGACGUGAUGGAGAAGACAGAGGCUGUUGCAUGUGCACGAUUUACAUAAUGUAGAAGACAACAGCAAUUCAGUAGAACCAUGCUGCUCUUUCAGUCUUCAUUAAAACAACGUGCUGCGAUGACUCCUCUCAGCUGUAGUUUGUUUGGCUGGGCUGUAAACACAUACGCCAGUUGUUCUGAGGCUGUUGUGUUUCUGACAGAGUGGUUGGCCAAGGAGCUGCCACCAGUGGUCAAUACAUGAAUAAUUUCAAACAGAACUCUGGGACCUGUUUUAUUAAAAUCCACAUGCUGCUGAUCACCAGUAACCGCAUGUGUCAACAAAUUGGCCAGGACAAUCAGAAGAACUGUAACUUUAAAGUGAAUUUACUUAAGCUUAUCACGGGUGUGUUGUUGUUGAAAUGCAGCAUAUGCCAGAGCAGGUUAGUCUGGGAACAGUUUUCAGCUUUUCAGAAACGCUGAUGAAGGAAAACCCACUGAGUCACAGAUGUUAGUGGAACAGAGUCUAUCUACAGGAGGGGGGAAAGACUUUGGCUCUGUCUAGGCUAGCUAUAUACCAGCCAUGUGUUCACAUGGGAUAUUUUAUUCACUUUGUUUGGACCGAAACAUCAGGAUUAUCACCAAAGAUGACUGAAGCUGAAGAAACUGCAAGAGAAGACUGUUAAAAUGUUUCCUACCAAAUCACAUCAGUCAGUUCCACUGCAGCGUAACCUGUGUGAGAGAAAGGGAAGAAAAACCAGUGUGUGGCUCAUUACUCCCCACGAGGUUUUACAUAUUCAAAUCUUUUUUUCUUUUUUUUCCCAGCCAAAUAGUUUUGUUGACUUAAAGUAGCACAGUUACAGAUGAUCUACAGGGGCCAGUAAAGACAUGUAUAUAGUCCAUAACAGCCUUGAAGAAAGGCAGAGGUUAUUUAUUUAUCAGAAUGUAUAAUGAGCGUAUAUUGCAAUAGAAAUUGUUGUGUACUUAAUCACUGUACAGUAUGGCACUGAAUAAAGUUCUUAUGAUAA